ACUAGAGGCUUCUCUUCCUGAUCUUUUGCCCUUCAGAGGGAUUCUCAGUGUCAUCUGGGUGUCUCAGAACCACGAGUCCUAUGAAUUUCUGCUUCUUGUUUGGACCUCACCUGCAUGUUUCUCUCACAGAUACACACUCUCUUAGUUGCAAUGUCAUUAUUAAGACUCAUACCACACCUGGACAGCCCUGGUGUGAAGGACAUUGUUCAAUGGAUGGAGAAUCUUUUCUUCAAUAUGAUAAUGACAACAAAGCCACACCUUUGGGUGACGUGGGAAAGGCGGCACAUGCCACUCAAGUGUGGACAGACUUUGUGCAAGAGCUGGAAUACUUGGGACAAGAGCUCAGGAAGAUGCUGGCUGACACCAAUCUGAGGAAAACCAAGAUCUGUGGUCACCCCACUUUACAGGCCAUCAUGCUUUCUAAUUAUGAACAAGGACAAAUCGUUGGUGCCUCCUGGCAAUUUAACAUCAGUGGAAAGUACUCCUUCAUCCUGAACACAAUGAAUAUGAGCUGGACACCGAUUAGUCUGGAAGCCAGAGGUAUCAUGAAUGAAUGGAAGGAUGAUGAGGAUCUAACCACAAAUCUGAAGACCUUCAUAGCAAAUUUCAGCCCCUGGCUCAAGGAUCUCUUAAAGAUCCCCCAGGAAAGGACAAGAUCAACAUCAAGGGCCCCAGAUAUCCCCCAGCUUCCAUCUGCCCCCCAGCGUCCAUCUCCCAGUCAGUUUCACAAUGAGAAAGUGUUUAUCCCUGUGGCAGCAGUCAUUGUCAUCAUCUUACUUUUUGCUGUUGGCCUAUUAGUGAAACGUUGUCCCCAAGGAGAAAUCUUCAGCUGCCCAUGAGCUGUUCCAUCAACUGCCACAAGCCACAGAAGAAAGAGAGGCCCAUGGAGUCACAUGGAGAGUUCCCCAACCAGGCCACCAAGUU